UGCAACAGUCUGGCAACACUCUAGAAACUUCUGUUAAAUGAUGCCGGCAUAUUCGUUAAGAGCCAUCAGAAAAUAAAAUAAAGAUGUCUGAUACAAUGUCGCACUACAAUAGUAUUAUAGACGCUUUGAAAACUUUCAGCCUAGAUAACGAAACAAAGUUUCCUGACAAUAAAUAUGGCUCGAAAACGCCCCAAGUGCCAAACGACACUCACGAUCUUCCGUGCAGAAUGCCCCAAACAGCAGGUGAUAUGGACAACAGUGACGACAGCGAUAUGAACUCGGACGUGAUUAUUGUUGAUUCCUCAAGUGCCUCGUCAGAUGUAAGCUUCAUUUGGGCAUCAAAUAUUAGUAUAUCAUCACAAUCAGUAUUUGAAUCAGAGCACUGGGAUUGUUCAGAUACUGACACCAUACCAGAAACCGAAAGUGAUAGCAACAUCAAUGGGAGCAAAGAGUCGUGCAUUAUGGAUAAUGUUGUAAGUACUCCCACUAAGCGUAAGCACGACUGCUACCUCAACAGCAAGAAGAGUCGAUCUGGACCGUUACGUCGACCUAAUCUGGGUAUUGAUGUGGACAUAUCGCCAGUGCCAAAAUCUAAUGUGACGACAACGCGCAGUGGACGAGCUGUGCGUGCAAGGAUUGACAACAAGUUCGAUUAUUCGUCGGAGCCACAGGAUGUCGAUUCAGAUGAUUCUGAUGACCCUGAUUUUGGCGAUAAUGAGCUCGAAGACGACGAUGAUGAUGAAGAAUAUAGUCAAGAUAAUCACAGUGAACCUUCGCGCAAGCAACGACGUGUAUCCAUGCGGAACAGCUGCUGUAGCAGCGAUGCCAGCUCAGUGCUUGAGUCGGACGCUUUCAUCUAUCUGGAUCUGAGUCGACCUGUUGCAAUUGUUAUGAAUGAUCCAACGUCUGACGAAGCGAUCGAAUUCGAUAGUGAGCUGAAGACCCGUCUGCAAAAGUUUUUAGGCCUUGUUGCCCGGCAGCGCCGCCUUUAUAAUCCUAUGUCUAACUUCGACCUUGAGGAUAACCAUAUGGAUGAGGGUGAUCCCACGCCCAGCCUACGCAGCCGUUUAUGGGUGGGCAACAACAACGUACGGCCCUUAAGUGCGCCCAUAGUACCGGAAAAACUGAAUCCGGAGAUAUCUCGUAUUACACCGCUCGGUUCCAACAUUACCAAUGAUAUGAAAUUGCUUUUCAUUGACGACAUGGUGCAGCGCGCCAAUGCCAACUAUUUUGAGAGCCAAACUCCACAGCAUAUCAAGGAGCCCAUCGAUCUGAGCGGCUUACCCAGCGAGGAGCAGCGUGCACUAAUUUGUCAACAACACAAGAAGAUUUCCAGUAUGAUUGGACCCCAUGCAGGCGUGUAUAACUUCGUGGAUUCACUUCGAUCAACAACUCCUUUGAAUAUGUGUCAUCCGCUUGCUGUGAACUAUCGGAAGCGGGAUUUUGGUACGUGCAAGGAGCAUCUGGCCAAGACAUUUUUCAAUAUACUCAAUCACUUAAUCUUCCACUGUGGUCUGCGCCCGGAAAUUGUAUGGAAGAGCUGCAUGAAUUCGCCCAGCAGCAUCGAGCAUCGCAUUGAAGCUGGCGGGCAACGCAGAUCACGUAUUUUUCUAUGGCAGAACAUAAAACAUCCCGGAAUGGUGGUGAAAGAGCUACUGCACGAGAUGUGCCAUGCGGCGGCAUUUGUGUACCACGGCGAAACAGGACAUGGCGACAAUUGCCGCAAAUGGGCUUAUCGCGCCAAAUCGAUGCUACCUGAGCUGCCGGAGAUAGUGGAUUGCAAUGCCACCUACAAGUACACUUGUCUCCUGUGCCGUGCCCGCUCGUUCGGACGCAUUAAGUUUGAGGAUGAGGCGCAUCAACUGCGUUGCCACUACUGCCAGUUUGAAGUGAAUGUGGAGCCCUGCAGCGACGAUAUCUAUAACCUUUCCCUCACUGACCAGCUAGUAACCCCCUAUAAAGAGUUCGUGCGCGUCAACUAUGGUAAAUGCGACCAAAGUGGCCAUAGUGCAAAAAUGCGAGCACUCAACGUGUUAUAUAGGGAGCACCAGCAACAGUUAUCUUCUAAUUGAACCUACAACAGAAAGCUGUAAGAUUUGUUUCCGCCUUUUUGUUUGCUUUUUUUUUC